AGUGGAAACUAACGUGUGAAAACAGAGGGUUUGAGUUGUUUUCAAGAGGGUUUGAGGCAGGAUACAGAACGGGGACUGGUUGUUCAAGUGCCCCAAAAGUGCAUUGAACUGCCGUAAGAUUUGAGGCAGAUUUCGGCGUAUAAAUAGCUGUUGCAAUGCCUUCAAACAGCCAAAACAGACUCAGCCACAGGAUGUUGGGCAAGGACACAAGUGCAAUAACGGCAGUACAGGUCUCCAGGCGGCACUGGCCGCUCGUCAUGCUGAUCUUCCUGGCCGUCGUCCAGGGCCAUGUCCAUCAGCUGCAGCAGGGUAGCCACAAGCUGUGUGGCCAGGCCCUGUCCGACGCCAUGGACGUGGUCUGUGCCCACGGCUACAACACGCUGCCGCAGAAAAAGAGUUCCACAGUGGAUGCCCAAGAUGAUGAGGUACCCGAGUAUGCGUUGAGCCCCCUGCUCACCAGCCUCUAUGGGGCAGAGGUGCUCAUCAAGACGCGGCGACAUAGGAGACAGCGGUCAUCGGGUGGCAUCUACGACGAGUGCUGUGUGUACUCUUGCCGCUACGAGGAGCUGGCCUCCUACUGCCUCCCCAAAUAAAGCACCAUCCACACAAUCAACGCCAAGACACACUACCCCAUACAGACAUACAUACAUACAUACAUAUACACCCAUACAUAUAUUCGUAAAUACAUUCAUAAUCCGAUUCGUAAUCACCUAUUUAUGCAGCGAAAACUUUGACUAAUGAAUAAAAGUAGACUGUGCAAAAAGAA